AAUAAAAUAACUAAAAUUAUCAUUGCGUGAUGUUAGGCGACGCAGAAGCCGGCUGGGAUGAUGGCAUCAAUUACAAGGCUAUAUCAUGCGAAAAAAUACCAGACCUUUUCUUGGACAAAUUGGUAGCCAAGAACCACUUCAGCAAAUUCGGCAAAAUAACACGUUUCAUAUUGCGUCCAAGUCGUCAAAGUUGUACAGUGGAGUAUGAAACAGAAGCACAGGCAGAACGCGCUCUGGAUCAGGCAGGUUAUUAUAAUGGGAUUGAGUUUCAGAUAGAAUAUGCUACACGCGAAGUUGCACAUGUGCAAAAUACCGAAGAAUGGGUAAAUCCUGAAGUGCAAGCUGAAUUGGAUGCGAUGGGCCUUCGUCAGACUCUACCCAUUUAUAGAGUGCCGACUACGGCCAUGUUCUCGGCUUCAAAAGCUGCGUCGUUGCGAACACAAAAGUUUCCGCUACCAGCAACAAAGCCUGGAAAAUCGGAUACGCCGACGGAGGUUGCCAAAAUAGAUACAUCCUUGCGACAGGAGUAUGAGGCUAUUAUGCGAAGACCAGCGUACACUGACGAGGAGAAAUAUCGCGUUUUGGAUGCCCGAGAUAAAUUGAUGCGUUUGAUCAGACCGCGACAGACAGAUAUUAUGAAGGUAGAAAGAACAAAAGGCAUUUGUCCAGAUAUGUGCCCUGAAAAAGAGCGUUUAAUGCGCGAGUUUCAACGACAAGUAUCAACAUUUGAGAUGUGUAGCGAAGAGGAGGAUAGCAGAUCCUCUAUUUCACAUAAACGUGCUAUAAAAGAAUAUUCACGCAGUAGCGCUGACCAAGAAGUACCACUGGCACAUGAACUACGACCGGAAAACGUGCUGCAAAUGACGAUGUUGUACCUGAUGCACCGCAUAAUGGAUCUCUGCGAUGAUCCGCAAACAUCUAUUGCCGAUUGGUUCCACUUUGUAUGGGAUCGUACACGUUCUAUACGCAAAGAUAUCACACAACAGGAACUUUGCUCAUUGGGCACCGUACAACUUGUGGAGCAAUGUGCAAGGUUUCACAUUCAUUGCGCCGCUCGUUUAGUGGCUGAGGAUCCUUCUGUAUUUGAUAAAAAAAUCAACGCCGAAAAUUUGACAAAAUGCCUUCAAUCGCUAAAGUAUAUGUAUCAUGACUUGCGCAUCAAAGGUGUGCAUUGUCCAUGUGAAGCAGAAUUUCGUAGCUAUAUUGUUUUGUUGAAUUUGGGUGAUUCAAAUUUCCUUUGGGAAUUGAAACAGUUGCCAACACACAUACAACAUUCAAAGGAAAUUAAGCAGGCUAUAGCUUUUUAUAAUGCAAUACAAAAUAAUAACUACGUACGCUUCUUUAGCAUGAUUCGUGGAUCCGAAACGUCUUAUUUGAGUGCUUGUAUUCUACUUGGCUAUUUUAACAAGUUACGUUGGCGAGCCAUGGAGGCCAUUAAUAAAUCGCACAACUGGAGAAAGAAUGCUGUGUUAAUACCAUUGGCAUAUCUGACAAAAAUCCUUGGUUUUGAAGAUGAAGACUCUGCAGAGCAAUAUUUUACUUAUCAUGGAUUAAAAUGUAAUGGCGAUUCACUGUUGUUGGAUCGUUUAAAGCGGCCAGACAUUGACUAUUCCAUGGAACGUGCUUUAAAUCUGGUCGAGUCGAAGCGUACUGUUAGUGUAGGUGAAUGUGUUUGCGGUCAUACUCUGGAAUCGGCAAAUAUUUUCGAAAAUAGCGUGCCUCACAACAGCUUCGAUGAGAAUGGCAUACUUAAAACAAUCGCCUGGAAAGCAGAUGACCAAUUGCGAGGUGAGGCGGCAGAACAGUGGAAAAGGCAACGUGAACUGGAAAUGCAGCAGCGCCUGCAACAGGAUGAGGCCGCAAAAACGCAGAAACGUUCUAAUUCACCCGCACUCAGCCUCCCACAAAUCGGGCCACCGCCCACCAUUCCUACGGAUUCGAGUAUUUUUAAGGUGCCAUUGGCUUCGCCGCCAAUUCUACCUAAGCAGCACCAACAGUUCAAAACGCCACAACUUGUACAAAAAUCGGUCGAUUCCUCCAUUUUCGGCGGUAACCAGUUUGCAGAACCAAUGGCAAAAUUGCAAUCAUCAUCGUUAGCCAAUUUUAAAUUUGAUGCUCCACAAAAUACUUCCAGCGCAAGCAAUAUUGCUGGUAGCGUAUUCGAUGCUCCUGCAAAAGAUAAUGGCAACUCUGUAUUUAAAAUUCCUUUUGCCGCCGCUAAACCUGCCACCACUAUUGCUAGUGGAUUGGGUAAUUCUAUCUUUGGUGGUGAUGCAUUUAAACAACCGCAACUACCAUCUGCUGCUGGUGUUUUCUUAUUCGAAGAUGCUAAGAAUCGUGUUAAGAGCGAUAACAUUUUCGGCAAUGUCGCCAAAUCGACAGCAAUCAUUUUUCAGCAAACAAAGACCCCAAAUCCAGAACCCAUGCCUAAAGAUAGCGUGUUUCAACAUUUCAACACGCAGCCGGUGCUGCCAAACUUUGUUGAACCCCAUUUAGAGGUCAAGGAAGAGUCGAAAACUAUUUUUGGCGCUGCCGCUUUUCCGCAGCUAUCUUCAAAACUGCCGCAAGCAGAGACGGCUAAGCGCAUAGCUGAAGCUGAACUGAGCCAGCAAAAAGAAUUUGAAAGACAACGCGAACUAGAAAAAGAACAGGAGGCGGCAAAGAUACGUCGCGAAGAAGCGGAAAGGAAACAUCAGGAAGCAUUAAAACUUCUGCAACAACAUGCGGAACGUGUUAGUGCUGAUGAGCUGGAAAGCGUGCUUGCCACACAGGUGGCUGUUAUUGCUCAAAGCGAACUAAGCAAAUACCAAAAGUUUCAACGCGACUGCGAAGGUAUUGCUGAGGCAUUGCUUGACCAUUCUAUAGCUAUGCAACUCGAAGAGUUGGCCAAUGAAGAAUAUGCCAUGAUGUGCCACGAUCAGCUUAUCCUCAAUCGCUACUUUGAACGCUGGUUACGCUAUACACGCAAGAAAAAGAAGCAACGCGCUCUAAUGGAGUCCACGCCCGUUUGGGUGACCAUGGACACACGCGCUGAACAAACUGCCAAAAUAAGGCAUCCCAACCAAUCAGAAACUUUGCAGAUGAUCAAGCGUUAUCGACAUGGCGAACCGUGUAAUUUCCAACUGCUACUUUGGAAACAUCCAGACACGCCGUCACCUCCGUUUCAGUGCAUCGACAUUUUCGCGGUGGUGCGCGCACAUAUUGCACGUAAAUCGAUAGUAAAAUGUGGCCACAUGCAAAGCAUCAAGUACUUUAAGUUAGUGCUGACGCUGCCCAAUGAUCACGAUGAGUUGCCCGGCUUCGAAAGUCUGUGCAACAAGUGGCUGCGCAAGCAUGUGAAGCGUAUCAAUAACGGCAACACUUCGGAAGUGGAUGAUACGUACAAUAGGAGUCCAUACAUAUGCGCCAUGGAGCGUGAUGUGGCAUUGUGUGUGCGUAAGGUGAGCGGAAUUCCGCCACUAACCGAGAGGGGCAAUACAGUGUGUAACGAAUGCGACAACGCUGAUGCAAUUAUCUGCCUAAUGGGUUGUGACAGCAUACAAAACACGCGUAAGCGCAUGCAUCACCUAAUCAAAUUGAGCCGACUGAACAAAGCUGUGCCAGUAGCUUUCAUAGUCUACGACGGCCAAUAUACAGAUGAGCUGGAGCUGAGCGAUAUACUGGAAAUGGAGACCUUAGUGGACGAGGGCAAAAUAUCGGGUUACAAAUUUUUUGGUUGCCAGCAAAGCAAGAAUGCAUUUUCAUUCGUACAACAUAUGGGACGUGCAUUGCGAUACGUGGUACGAGAAAGUAGCUUCUGCAACCAAUCAACCGAAGCAUUAGAGAUGCAAAAGCUACAAAGUUUCCUAGAAGCAUGUUUGGGUGAAGAAUUGUGGCAGCGCUGGCAACAAUCCUCCGAACAAAAUCCAUGCUUUGCUAAGAUUUGCGCCAUACCGCAACACUUGGCGGAGCUGUACAAUGAAGCGGUGAAGCGUGUCAUGCAAAUCACUGCAGAAGACUUUGCCGAUGCGGCAGAGCUUGCGGAGGAGCUGCGCGAAUUUGUGCCCAAAUUAGAGGUCGAUAUACCGCUUGGCUUUGAAUACUUCCCAAAGGAUUGGAAAUCUGCGCAGCGCCGACAUCAGAUUUCAAUAUUUUUGCAGCGUUUGUUGUUAGCACCUAUUGAAGAGGCGCCACAAUUCCAUGAGGUCGGCGACUGGGAAUUGUGGUUGCUGAACUAUUCUAGUCGUUGCAUACCAAAUGAUGAAGAGAUCGCCACUGCCGCUAGUUAUCAAUCAAUCAGAGCACUAAUUGUACAGCUGAAUCGUAGCGAUUUAGCCCAUCUAGAUGUGGUCGCACGCUUCCAAGUAAUAAACUAUUUGCCUGUCAUGAAAGCCAUAGCCUACGCACAGAUAAAUGCCGUGCUCAAGGACUACAUCGAAAAAGUCAAUACCAACGAUUACAAAUUACCCAACGAAAUCAUUUAUCAUCGCCAAGCGCUUGAGGAUUACCAGCUAGUGCCGUGGUGGUUAAAUAACGUGGCGGUUAAAGCGGUGAAAAUAGAUUACUCUGCUAUUGAAGAACAAGACACGAGUUUGCAGGAUAAGGAGCUAGAAGACGAAGAGGCAGCAAUGAACUGCAAGAUGUUGGACGAAAUUAUAAAACAAGCUGAAGAGGUUUCACGCAAAGCGGAGGAAAACUUUUACUCAUUGAAGAAGCAAACAAUUAGCGCGGAUACAGCGGAGCUGGCACGUGACUUGGAUGCUAGCAUCUAUCAAUUUGAAUUGUCAAAACAAAUAGGAUGCUAUGAUGCCUCCUUUGUGUCAAAGGCAAGUGAAAUUAAUACCGACUUAGAAGGGGCAGUUGGUGGCGCUAUUGCAAUGAAUAAUAGAAGCGGUGGCGGUGAUGGCUUUUCUAAAAUGCCUACAAGUAGAAAACGUAAGCAUAUCGGAGGUGCUCAUGGGGAAGUUAAUGAAAUGGAAGCGGUUAUGACACGCGCUUUUAAUGUUAUUGAGAAAGCGGAAGCGAAACAAGACCGCGCCGAACGUCUGUGCAAGAUGGCUAUGCUAGAGCUGGAAUGAUUGUUGUCAAGUGUAUGAUUCGAUUCGACAAUAUUUAUAUGGUAACUUAUUAAGGGCGGGGGGGAUGAAUGCUAAAUUAUACUAAAUUAUAUUACAUAUGUAUGAACGUAGUUAUAUCAAGAAAGAAUUAGGCUUCAAAAUAAAUUUUAACUAUAAGGACGUUUUAGAAAGUGCAUUUAUUUAUUUUAAAAAUAGUUAAAAAUGCUAAAGAGAAAAUUAUAAGGGAGACCUCUAACU